AUGACAGAAAAAGCAAGUGCAGAUGAUUUUCAAGAUCGGGAUUUUCUCAAGAAGAAGAAGAGGAGGAGAAAACACAAAGAACACAAUAAGAAACAUGAAAAUGAUGAAAAUAUACAAAAUGCAGAGCUUGGCCGUGCUUCUCCCCUGCUGUUUGAAGAUCGAGCAGCACAGAGUGGUGAAGGCUGUAAAAAGAAGAAAAAAACAAAAAACAAGGGGGAGAAGCAACAGUCUUCGUUAGAGAAUUCUUGUGUAGGAGUGGAACGUGAAAUUAGUAAUGAAACUGGAGUAGAUGCUUCCCAAAAGAAAAAGAAAAAAAAGAAGCGGAAGCGUAACGAUAGUGCGGAUGAUCGCAGUGAUGUAACUUUUGUCACAGUAAAUCAGCAUAGCACUGAUGAUUGUCAGGAGAUCAAUGCUGAUUACAUUUAUUUAAAACAAUCUGUUAAGAAGAAAAGAAAACUAAAAUUACCUGAAGAGGAUGAGACACGUGAACUGCCUGUCCCAGAAACACACAAAAAAAAUGACAAUAAAAAAUUCAAAAAGAAGAGGAAAAAGCAAAGAGGCAGUAGUACCCCAGAUGUGCAAGAAGACACAGAUAUAACCGUUGACCAGUCGCUGUUGUCAUCUCCAGAGCAAAACAGGCGAGGGGAAGACACAGCGUUGCCGUCACCUAUAGAAGGGGGUGGUGUGGUAACACACCGGCGAUGGCGUGAAGAUGGUGACUGUGAUGCUUCUGCUGACAUGAGUGAAGAGUCUAUGGACGUACCUGCUAAUUUUUCUAAGCCAGCUAAAGCGGCGGAUCGGUCUCCUAAAAAACCUCCAGUGCAUGCCAGAAAGAAAACAAAAAGCUGUGCUUUUGUCACAGAAGAAAGCUCUUCAGAAUCUGAUGUAAUGAGUCCAGAGCCUGUGGCAUCAGGUAGAAAGAAGGACCAGAAUAGUUUCUUUACUGAAAUGGCAGCCUCUGAUGAGCUUAGUCUGGAUGAUGAAGAGUGCCUGGGCUCUAUGGUGUGUUCAGUCGUGGAUUUGGAUACUGCAAAACAAGAAUUGGAAGAGUUUAUUCCUCAUGUGAGGAGCAUAUCGGACAGUUCAAUCAGGAAGAUGGCUGGAAGAGACUUAAUGAGGUUUAAACAGUUUAAAAAGCAAGGUAUUGCUGUCAAGUUUGGCAGAUUUUCCCAGAAGGAAAAUAAUCAAAUCCGUAAAAAUAUUGAAGAGUUCUUAGUAACUACUGGAAUAGACAAUGCUGAAAAACUGCUGUUCACCUCGAGGUAUCCAGAAGAUAAAGAAACUAUCAACCGCCUAAAAGCAGAACAUCUUUUUUGUGAAAGACUUUCUAAGGGCAUACCGCGACCCUGGAGACUGAUAUAUUAUCGAGCAAGGAAGAUGUUUGACUCAAAUAAUUAUAAAGGAAGGUAUACUGAGGAAGAAAAGGAAAAAUUAAAGAAGUAUCAUGCUCUGCAUGGCAAUGAUUGGAAGAAGAUUUCUGAGAUUAUGUCCCGUUCUAACCUCUCAGUUGCUAUGAAAUAUUCUGAAAUCAAGUCGGCUAUUAAUUACGGUUCUUGGUCGAAGGAAGAGAUUCAGAAGUUAAUGCAUGCAGUGGAGGAGGUGAUUAGGAAGAGAAUAGAAAUGGAAGAUACAGAUUCAUUAUUGGAAAAGUCGUACGGAGAUCUCUUGAUUGACCGUGAGAAACUGUACCAGAAAUUACCAUGGACUGAGAUUGAAGCUAAAGUGGGAACUCGACAUUGGAGACAAUGUAAACAGAAAUGGAUUACAAUUUUAACAAACAAGAUGACCAAAGGGCAGCAGUUAUACAGGGGGACCAAAGGAUUGCAGGCCAAGAUCAGUCUUAUUAAAAGGUUGUAUGAAAUGAAAGUGGAGGAUGCUAGUGAAAUAAACUGGGAAGAACUCAGUAAUGCUAUUGGAGAUGUCCCUAUAACCUAUGUUCAAUCAAAAUUUUAUAAGCUAAAAGUCUCCUGUGUCCCUUUUUGGCAAAAAAAGACUUUUUCUGAAAUUGUUGAUUAUCUUUUUGAAGAGAAGCUUCCAGAACUUGAAGAAAAGUUAGAAAAAAGGAAGGGGAGACAGCGUAGUUCUGGCAGUUCAACAUCCGGGCAACAGAAGAAGACUUUCCGACUCAGUGACAUUUUUGACUCCAGUGACGACAGUGAUUAA